UUGUUUAAUUUACAGAAAACCAAUAUGAAAAUUAAUCGUUACAUGUUAAUAAACUUGGUUUUUAGUUUUUGCUGUGUAACUAACUAUAAUGGAGAAAAAGUUUAUUUAGUAGAUAAUUAUAGUAAAAGUGGAUCUAGCAAUUGGGCCAAUAUACCAAAGUAUUUAAAAUAUAAUUGCGUAGAUAAAUGGAGUCUCGAUUAUUUUGAGUAUUGUUUUGUAGGCAAUUUAUUAUAUCCUGAGAACUAUUGCGUUUUGGAAUCUUCUAUUCAAAAUCUAAGUAAUGUCAGCAAUGUUUUCAUUAAUAUCACUAUAAAAACAAAAACAUGCCAAUAUCGAAAAAUUAAAGAACCCAACUGCUACAAUUUUCUUAAUUUGUCAAUAAGUAAUGGAGAAAAUGAAAUUAUGCAAGUUAGUUUACCGGGUAUUACUGUUCCAGUAGAAAACCAAGAUCAGUAUUGGUUAAGCAAUGAUUUAAUUGUUUCUGAUGUUAUAAACAAAAGUACAAUCCAAUUAAAGUUUAUUUCUCAUAAUUAUUGUGGAUAUCUUCUUAAUGUGUCUGUUUUUUAUUAUAAGUGUCCAAAUAAAACAAUUCAAUUGGUUAAUUUUCCAAAUAGUCCAGCUCCAAGUUUAAACAACUCUCCAUUUAAAAUAAAAGGUGUUUGUUCUAAAAAUGCUGUUACUUAUGGGACUAUAAACCCUUACAUGAAUUGUUACUCUAAUGGCAGUUAUAUUUUGUUUGGCGAAUGUUGGUGCAAAGAAGGCUAUGAAAAAAAUGACCUUGAUUGUGAAGCAUGCAAAGAUGGAUAUUUUAAGAAUAAAGUUGGAAACAAUAUAUGUGAAAAGUGUGGUUUAAAUUCAAAAUCUGUACUGGGUACUUCAUGCAUAUGUAAUGAAGGAUUUUACAGAUUUCAGGGAAACGAAAAUAAUAGUGCAGCAAUAUGCUACAAAGCACCAUCUCGAGUACAAAAUGUAACAGUACAUAAUAUUACAGUACAAUCAGCUACACUGUCAUGGAUGAUUCCAACAGACCAUUUUGUUGACUAUUUCUAUAUAAAUUGCACAAACUGUCCUUCACAAAAUUUUACACUAAGACAUACGUUACAAACUUGCAUUUUUAUUGAUGGGUUAGAUUCAUAUACAAAAUACAAUGUUGUAAUAGAAAGCAGAAAUAAUGUAUCAGCAUUGAUUGGAAAAGUUAUUAGCACUUAUGUUCAAUUCAAAACUAAGAUAAAAGCACCUGGUUCAGUGCAAAAUGUAGUUACACACUUUAACAGUGAUCAUUCUGUUACAAUAAUUUGGAAAUCUCCACAUUGGAAAGGAGAUAAAAAGUUGAUCUAUAAAGUAAAAUAUAAUGGAAAUGAAUUUAUUAUCUCUGAAACACAUUACACAAUAAGUUCUUCUUCUACAGAUAAAUCUUUCACUGUAGAGAUUGCUGGUUAUUUUAUUGAUGAUGAUGGAAACCGGCUCAAUGGAUUUGUUUACAAAAAACUUAUUUUUUUAAAAGGUCAAAGUAAACUCUUUUCUGUAUUUGGUACAGUUGGUGGUGCAAUUGGAAUAAUUGCUAUAGUUAUGGUUGUUGUUUUAAUUGUUUGGAGAAAAAAGCAUCCUUUAUACUUACAAGCUGUCAGAAUGGAAGAUGGAAAUGUAAGAAUAGAGGGAAAUCAUUUUCUAAAUCGUGGAAGAUUAUAUAUCGAUCCUAACACAUAUGAUUGUGUUGAUGAUGCUGUACAAGAAUUUGCAAAUGAACUUAACAACAAAAAUCUUGAAGUUGGAAAUUUUUUAGGCGGUGGAAAGUUUGCAGAUGUAUAUAAGGGAACUUUACUUAAAAAUGAAAAACGCAUUGAUGUUGCUAUUAAAAUGCUCAAGGAUGUCAUUAUGCUCUGCAUCAAUGUAUCUUUUUUUCCCACAAUAAUUUUGCAUGGUGCAUCUAUGCAUAAUCGUGAUGACUUUUUAAGUGAAGCUGCCAUUUUAGGGCAGUUUACUGAUGACAAUGUUAUUUUGUUACAUGGUGUUGUAUUUAAAGAAAAACCAAAUUUAAUUGUUCUUGAGUUCAUGGAAAAUGGUUCAUUGGAUAAGUUUUUACAUAAAAAUGAUAUGCAGUUUAGUAUACUACAACUUCUUGGAAUGGCGCGUGGUGUGGCAAGUGGGAUGAAAUGUCUCUCUGAGAUGGGUUUUAUACAUAAAGAUCUUGCUGCACGCAACAUAUUAGUUGAUGAGAGUUUUUGCUGUAAGGUUGCAGAUUUUGGAAUGAGUCAUAAAAGCGACGCGGAUGAUACCUAUGAUACUAAAGGUGGUAAAGUACCAGUUCGUUGGACAGCACCUGAAUCUAUUCAGUUUGAAAAGUUUACAAGUGCUUCAGAUAUGUGGUCUUAUGGUGUACUUUUAUGGGAAAUUAUGUCAUAUGGUGAGAGACCAUACUGGGACUGGGGAAAUUAUGAAGUUGUUGAGAGAGUUAAUACUGGAUAUAGACUACCCCCUCCAAUGGGUUGUCCUAAGGUUGUGCAUAAUCUUAUGUUGGAAUGCUGGAAUAAAGAUCGGUGUAUGCGACCAAGGUUUUCUGGUGUAGUAUCAAUGCUUGAGAGUUGGAUUCGAGCUCCAAACUUGUUAUUAGAGAAAGCAGCAUCUGUGGUUCAAAAUAAUGAUGAAAAAUCGGUUUAUACAAUUUUACAGACAAUAAGUAAAUGGCUGGAAGCCAUUGGAAUGGAGAAAUACGCAAACAAUUUUCUGGAACAAGGCUUUGCAACUCCUCGACAAAUAUUAAAUGUUUCGUUUGAAGAUCUUCUUAAAUUAGGAAUUGAACCAAUUGGUCAUCGCAAGAAAAUUUACAAUGCUAUUCAAAACACUAAAGUUCAGAUUGAGGCUGUUAAAGUCAAUAAAUACGCUCUGGUAAAUUGAUUUUUUUUUGUAGAAGUUAAAGUUUAGUAUAGAAAAUAUUUUGUAUAUAAAUUUGAACAUAAAUUAUUUGGUAAAAUCUAUUUUCAUAUAUAAUAUUAUUUGGUAAUAUA